GGCGGCAGCGGCGCAGGAGGACGAGCGGCCCCGGCGCAGCCCCCGGAGCCGCCGCAGCGGCCGGCGCUGGCAGAGGCGACCGCCGGGCUCGGGCGGAUGGCGAGCGGGUGGCGCGGAGCCGCGGCCAUUUGCAGGCGCCGCAGCGAGCGCCGGUGCUAACGUCUGCUCCUCUUCCCUCCUCGCUCCGUCCUCCCCGCAAUGAUGAGGCAGGCCCCGGCCACUCGCAAGACCAGCGCCCGGCGGCCCAAGCCCGCCCGGACCCCCAGCUCGGCAGCGUCCAGCGGCACGGCCGGGCCCUCGGGCUCGGCCUCGGCCUCGGGCGGGGAGAUGAGCAGCAGUGAGCCCAGCACGCCGGCCCAGACCCCGCUGGUGGCCCCGGUCAUCCCGACGCCCGCCCUGGCCUCGCCGGUGGCACCGCCGGUGCCCUCGCCCACAAAGCCCAGCCCGGCCGCGCAGCGUCCCCAGGACGGCCAGGAGGAGGAAAACUUGCGCUCUCAAGUCAGGGACCUGGAGGAGAAAUUGGAGACUCUGAAGAUAAAGCGAAAUGAAGACAAAGCGAAGCUCAAAGAGCUGGAGAAGUACAAGAUCCAGCUGGAGCAGGUGCAGGAGUGGAAGAGCAAGAUGCAGGAGCAGCAGGCCGAGCUGCAGAAGCGGCUCAAGGAGGCCAAGAAGGAGGCCAAGGAUGCCCUGGAAGCCAAGGAGCGCUACAUGGAGGAGAUGGCGGACACGGCCGACGCCAUCGAGAUGGCCACGCUGGACAAGGAGAUGGCCGAGGAGCGAGCCGAGUCCCUGCAGCAGGAGGUGGACUCCCUGAAGGAGAAGGUGGAAUAUCUCACCAUGGACCUGGAGAUCCUGAAGCACGAGAUCGAGGAGAAAGGCUCGGACGGGGCCGCCUCCAGUUACCAGGUGAAGCAGCUGGAGGAGCAGAACGCGAGGCUCAAGGAGGCUCUGGUGAGGAUGCGGGACUUGUCUGCCUCGGAGAAGCAGGAACACGUGAAGCUUCAGAAGCAGAUGGAGAAGAAGAACACGGAGCUGGAGUCCCUGCGCCAGCAGAGGGAGAAGCUGCAGGAGGAGCUGAAGCAGGCGGAGAAGACGGUUGAUGAGCUGAAGGAGCAGGUGGAUGCUGCUCUGGGGGCUGAAGAGAUGGUGGAGACACUGACCGAGAGAAACCUCGACCUGGAGGAGAAGGUCCGGGAGCUGCGCGAGACCGUCGGGGACCUGGAAGCCAUGAAUGAGAUGAACGACGAGCUGCAGGAAAACGCGCGGGAGACGGAGCUGGAGCUGCGGGAGCAGCUGGACAUGGCCACGGCGCGGGUGCGCGAGGCCGAGAAGCGCGUGGAGGCCGCGCAGGAGACCGUGGCUGACUACCAGCAGACCAUCAAAAAGUACCGAGAGCUGACCGCUCACCUCCAGGACGUGAACCGAGAGCUCAUGAGUCAGCAAGAAGCGUCUGCCGAGAAGCAGCAGCAGCCGCCGCCUGAGAUGUUCGACUUCAAGAUUAAAUUUGCAGAGACGAAAGCGCACGCCAAGGCCAUCGAGAUGGAGCUGCGGCAGAUGGAGGUGCAGCAGGCCAACCGCCACGUCUCGCUCCUCACCUCCUUCAUGCCCGACAGCUUCCUGCGCCACGGCGGGGACCACGACUGCGUGCUGGUGCUGCUGCUCAUCCCGCGCCUCAUCUGCAAGGCCGAGCUGAUCAGCAAGCAGGCUCAGGAGAAGUUUGACCUGACCGAGAGCUGUGCGGAGCGCAGUGGGCUGCGCGGCGCUGCCGGGGAGCAGCUCAGCUUUGCCGCGGGGCUGGUGUAUUCGCUGAGCCUCCUGCAGGCCACCCUGCACAAAUAUGAGCAGGCCCUGAACAAGUGCAGUGUGGAGGUUUACAAGAAGGUGGGGAUGCUGUACCCUGAGAUGAGCGUCCACGAGCGCUCGCUGGACUUCCUGAUCGAGCUGCUGCACAAGGACCAGCUGGACGAGACGGUCAACGUGGAGCCGCUGACCAAAGCCAUCAAGUACUACCAGCACCUGUACAGCAUCCACCUGGCUGACCAGGCUGAGGACUGCACCAUGCAGCUGGCCGACCACAUCAAGUUCACCCAGAGCGCCCUGGACUGCAUGGGGGUGGAGGUGAGCCGCCUGCGCGCCUUCCUGCAGGCCGGGCAGGAGGCGUCCGACCUGCCGCUGCUGCUGAAGGACCUGGACACGUCCUGCAGCGACAUCCGCCAGUUCUGCAAGAAGAUCCGGCGCCGCAUGCCCGGGACGGACGCGCCGGGGAUCCCCGCGGCGCUGGGCUUCGGGCAGCAGGUGUCGGACACGCUGCUGGAGUGCCGCAAGCACCUGACGUGGGUGGUGGCCGUGCUGCAGGAGGUGGCGGCUGCCGGGGCGCAGCUGAUCGCUCCGCUGGCCGAGAACGAGGGGCUGCAGGCGGUGAAGCUGGAGGACCUGGCGUUCAAAGCCAGCGAGCAGAUCUACGGCACCGCAGGCAUCAAUCCCUACGAGUGCCUGCGCCAGUCCUGCAGCAUCCUCAUCGCCACCAUGAACAAGAUGGCCACGGCCAUGCAGGAGGGCGAGUACGACGCGGACAGGCCGCAGAGCAAGCCCACCCCCCCGGCCGAGCUGCGGGCCGCGGCUCUUCGGGCGGAGAUCACGGACGCCGAGGGGCUGGGGCUGAAGCUGGAGGACAGGGAGACGGUCAUCAAGGAGCUGAAGAAGUCCCUCAAGAUCAAGGGCGAGGAGCUCAGCGAGGCCAACGUGCGGCUCAGCCUGCUGGAGAAGAAGCUGGACAGCGCGUCCAAGGACGCCGACGACCGCGUGGAGAAGAUACAGACGAAGCUGGACGAGACCCAGACGCUGCUCAAAAAGAAGGAGAAGGAGUUCGAGGAGACCAUGGACGCGCUGCAGGCCGACAUCGACCAGCUGGAGUCCGAGAAGGUGGAGCUGAAGCAGCGCCUGAACAACCAGUCCAAGCGGACCAUCGAGGGCCUGCGCGGAGCCCCCGCCUCGGGGGUGGCCUCCAUCGUGUCCGGCAUCGCCGGAGAGGACCAGCAGAGAGGUGUCGGCGCUGGCCCGGUGGCAGGAGGGGGCUCGGGGCCCGUGCAGGUGAAGGACUCGCCCCUGCUCCUGCAGCAGAUCGACGCCCUGCAGCUCUCCAUCAAGCACCUGCAGAGCGAGAACAACCGGCUCAAGGGCGCGCAGAUGAAGCUGGCGCUGGCCAGCCUGGCGCCGCUGCAGGUGCCGCGGGUCGCGGUGCCCAAGGCCCGGCAGGCCGAGGCGCUGGCCACGCACGCGCUGUACCGCCGGAGCAGCCAGCUCCUCGAGACCCUCUACCAGAUGAGCGCCAACGCCAAGGUCGUCAACAUGAAGCAGAACAAGUCGGCUCGGAGCUCGUCGGCGCGGCUGCUGGAGCAGACGGCGCGGCUCUGGUCCCUCAAAACCACCAUCGACGCGCUGCGGGAUGACACGAUGAGGGAGAUGGUUCAGCAGCAGCUGGGUGCCAGCGUCCCCACCAACUUCGGCACCUUCCCCUCCUCCUCCUUCCUGAAGGCCAAGCAGGAGCAGGAGACCGGCAUGGCGCACUACGGCCGAGUGAGCUUCCCGUGCGCGCCGGGGCAGGGCCGGGAGCACCGGCUGCUCCUCACCCCCGAGCUGCUCCAGCGGCUGCGCAGCCACUUCGGCUCCUGAGCGGGACCCCGCGCCGCCCCCCGCGCUGAGCGACCCCAGAGCAGCCCCCGCCGCCCCCUCCCCAGCCUCCCCCGGGGCAGCCGGGCCCCGCGGGGCUCCCCCGCUGCCGCCAGCGCUCUCAGACACUACGGGCCCCCGGCCCCCCCCGCUGCCCGCGCUGCACCGGGGGCCGGAGCCCUCACUCGAGCCGCGGGCCGGGCACGGGGCUGCGGCGCCCCCGGCCUCGGCACUCGCACUCCCCAAUAAAGCUGCUCUGACACCG